AUAGAAGCCAAAGAGAUUCAACUUUUCAUCAUUCAAUAUUUUGUUCUUUCAGUAUCCCUUUAGUUACUUGCAUUAAUCCUCAAAGAUGGGUAUUCAAUUGACUGGACUAUCUCACGCCAAGCAAAAGCUUCAAAGAAGCUUAUCAGCAAAAAUCUCAAGCCUCUUGGCCAUGUCGGGUACAAAUAAUGUCCCAAAGGGUCAUGUAGCCGUCUACGUGUGGGAUACUUACCAAAGGAAGAGAUUCGUCAUACCUAUAUCAUAUUUAAACCAUCCAUUGCUCCAAGGUUUGUUGAACCUCGCAGAAGAAGAGUUCGGGUUUGACCAUUCCAUGGGAGGUUUAACCAUCCCUUGCACUGAAGAUUACUUCACUUCUCUAGCUUCUUUUCUAAGUGGUUCAUAAUAUGGAGCUCACGGAUCAUCAUAAUAUUCAUUAUGUUUCUUACAUACAUAUUUUGUGUAUUUUAUUUAAAUGCACCUAAGGAAGUCGAGAGAAUAUUACUCGAGAAUAUUCAUUAUGUUUCUUACAUACAUAUUGGUAAUAGAAUUCUCAUGAACUUUGAAAUUUUUGAGAAUCCAUUGUUAUUGGUUCUUGGAUUUCAAAAAUCUUAAUAGAAUCCAUUGUUAUUGGUUUAAGAAUUUUCAAAAUCCA